AUGCAACUAGGGGUCCACGAUGUCUAUACGAUCAGCUACUGCAAAGGCGGGUCUUGUCGGAAUAUGUGUGCCGGUGUUGUGCUAAUCAAAGCACUUACGGGCAUUUCCACGCACCUGAAACACCGUAUCCCGACGCCGUCUUCAGCUGUCCCAUCGUAUGUUGGUCAACCGGAAGCAGAACGUCGAGCCAACUACGCCACCAUCCAGAUCCUAUGUCACCAAAGACGAAAAGAUGCAGAGUCUGCUAUGUCCGAUGGGUCGUGGAAGGAUCUACAUAAAGAUGACUGGAAGAAUGUGCGCGAACAUUUGUAUCGGAAGAAGACGGCCAGCCUUAAGCGCCGACAGCUUGAAGUCUUGAUUCGCUCUGAGACAGUUCGUGAUCUGUAUCACGAUGUUGUGGAAUCAAUUAUUGAUUUGUAUAAAGAUAGUGGAACUGGGCUUCACCCGUGGCAGCACUUCCGUGCAGCGGCUGAUAAACUUGCCGAGUUGCACAAAUUCAUGAAGCUGACCGUCGCCAGGGUGUAUGCACUGGGUACGGCCGAGGGUGCGGCAACUUACUCUUAUGAUUUCUUCGAGAAACUCCGAGAUGUCCAAGCUCAUUCCAAUAGUCCGACACCUUGUCGACUUGAUUUUGAGGCUUUGCGGUUGUUCUCUUCAGUCCAAAUAGCGGAACAAGUCGCCAUGCAUUUUCCAACCCUCACCCCAGAGGGCCAGGAGACUGUGUUCGUCAGACCUCUACCGAUUGAACAACCUGGUAUGGGAUACUCUGCGAGUGUCGCACGGGCAUCCCCCAGUAUAGAUCCACGGGUCGCCGAGGUACACAAACCGCCACACCACGACCAGUCUUUGUCUGAGUUGGGCCAUGUGGCACUCGAUGUGGAUGGCUUCGAUACGACUGACGUUAAUUCUGGAUCACACCAGUUUAUUCCUUUUGACUAUCUUCGCGGUUAUCUUUCCCAACCGGACGACCCACUACCGAAGCGCAUGCGAAGGAACAAGCGAACUGCCAGACGCCGUCAGCGUCGGUAUUCCAAUAUCAAACCCAACUCUAGUUCGAAUUUGUUGCUAACCGACUCGCAAACACCAGCGUGUGCCCAUAUUCCGUCCGAGCUCCACGUCCGUCAACCGAAUCCGAGUUCUUCUGGCAGGGUUGCGGAUCAGUGUGAAAAGGGUCAAGUUAGUCAAAGUGAUGCGUUACUUCCAGUUCUGUCGAAUUUCCAUUCCUCACGUGGUGAAGCCGAGUCGUACCUGAGUGAAGACAGUUCUGGCGCGUCUUUGUGUAGCUGCGCUUGUGGAGACGAUUCUUUCACCGAUACUUCCAGUUCCGCCAACGAGGAGGAUGAGGCUGAUUUCCACCGUGGACGAAGCACGGCAUCGCGGCCAACUGUCGGAUCAACAUCGGGUCCACCACCGUUCUCACCAAGUUCCUAAGCCUUUCCAGUUCUUCCCCCAGUCAAUUCUUCUUAUUUCUAGGUCUUCCUUCAUCUUCGACUGACGGACAGAAAGACAAACAGACUGACGGUUGAUAGAUUCGCUAUAAUGCUGACCUAUAUUUAAUCUCAUGGACAUCAGCCAGCCGUGUUCCUUAUUUUUUCGGGCGAUGGCCAUUCGUAACUAUUUUGUUUUGCCAUUUUUUCGGUGGCAGAUGUGGUUGGUCCUCACGCUCGCCCCUCAACUUGCUGUUGUUAUUGUUGCCAUCGUCGUAGGUGAAAUGCACCCUACGUGUACGUUAAUGCGAUCUCCAGCGGCUGUUGAUUAGUCUGUUAUAUUUUUCGGUCCUCUCGUUAUUCAGUAUGCUUCAGCAAUGUCUUAUGUUGAAUGAAAUCCUUCCACAUGCC